AUGACACUGAAUAAGGUGCGACAGGUCAGUAACGCUCGGCUCAGCGUCAGAGACUUCAACGCACACUUCUGUGCUACGGGUUUCCUGCCAUACCUGACGCUUCACAUGCAGACGCUUGGCAUAACCGUCAAGGAAAUUGCUGUCAUUUAUGCCUUCCUGCCCAUCGCCUCUCUACUCGGGCCGCCGAUAUCAGGCAUCAUCGCGGACAAGUUUGGCAAGUACAAAAUCGUCGUUUGCUUGAACAUUCUGUUGUGCGUGGUCUUCCACUUGUCGCUGCUGUACGUGCCUGUUCGUCCCACCAACACCCUCACUUUUGCUUGUGGACCAAACGACCAUUCUCUUACCUGGUCGUCCUGUGAUCAUUGCCACGACCUUCGCAACUCCACUGAUCUUCACAUGGUCUUGAAGAAAAGCCGGACUGUAAGUUCCUCUUCGAGACGACUGCAACUGAAGCACACCUUUGUUCCUCAAUCCAAAGCGACGGUUCCUGCAUCUCCUUCAAUAUUACAGAAGAGGAGUUCCAGGGCUCAUUUGCCCCCCAGCUACCCUCUCGAGUGCCAGGUGACGCUGUCAGACCAGUGCCAACACCCUGACGAUCCUUCCAACAGCCCAACGACGUUCUGGGUCUACUUCGGCCUUCGUAUGAUCAGCACUUUCUUCCUGGCUUCGGCUUUUACGAUGCUUGACGCCACGACACUGGCCAUCAUCAAGCAGCACAAAGCAGACUUUGGCAAGCAACGUGUCCUUGCGACCAUAGGUACGGGAAUCGUGCCUCUCGUAACUGGCAUCAUACUCGACAGGCACAGUGCCAACAUAGGUUACACGGACUACAUGCCUGCCUUUUACCUGGGCAGCGUACUUAUCGUCAUAGCUGGACUACUGGUGACCCGCCUCCAAUUCACGGUGGAUAUCUCAAAUGAAAAGUUGCUGAAGGACCUGAAGGCGCUGGUGACCAAGGUGGAGAUCGACAUCUUCCUGGUCAUGGUCCUCGUCCUCGGGUCCAACUGGGGCUUCAUCGAGAGCUACCUCUUUGUCUUCCUCAAAGAGCUCAAAGCUCCGAAUUAUCUCCUGGGUCUCACCCUGACCGUGGGCUGCAUGGUGGGCAUCCCUGUCAUGUUUAUUGCUGACAGGGUCGUCGAAAUGAUGGGUCGACCUGCAAUCUUCGUUCUGUCCUUCGUGUGCUACGCGGUCAGGCAUUUUGGAUAUGCUUAUUUAACAGACCCAUGGCUGGUGUUUCCCUACGAAAUGCUGGAGGUCUUCACUUACCAGGUGAUGUGGGUCGCCGUGGUCACCUACUGCCCCAUCUUGGCUCCCAAAGGACUCCUUGCCACGAUGACAGGGGUUACUGGCGCCACACAUUAUUCUCUGGGCCGUGGCGUCGGGGCGCUGUUCGGAGGGUACCUGAUUUCGAACUACGGGCUCCCAACCGCCUUCAGGGUCUUCGCUUACAUUUCUCUAGGUGGCGCUGCCGUUUAUGUCUUCGUCUACUAUGUCUACCUUAGGAAGAAAAUUGCUGAGAAAGAAGAAGAAUUAGAAUCAGACAAGAAGCAGAAGAGUUCGGAGGAAGGGAAGCCCAUGCUGGACGGGAAGGGAUCCUAUGUUGCCGUUGUCGCUGCCAAGAAACCUGCUCAAGAUUCUGCUCCUUGAUGUUGCUGCGUCUUUUAGGCAAAUUGGAGGCUGAUCUUGUGUUUAUUUACGUUUAUUGUAAAUGCUUUUGUGUAAGUGUUUGUGCCUGCGUUUAAUGUGUUUUUUGAGGGAGUAUGAUUGUAUAUGAAUGUGUGUGUGUAUUAUCGUGCAUUUUUUUUUGGUCUUAGUCAUUUUGAAUUUUAUACCGUCUCCUGGGAUGGUGGUUUCGACCUUUGUGCAAAGGCAAAGUAAAGGUAAUGUUUGCCUGGCAGAAUAUAACGACCACCUCAAUAACUGUUUUAAUCA